AUGUUUAUCUAUCUAUCUAUCUAUCUAUCUAUCUAUCUAUCUAUCUAUCUAUCUGAUUCUUUAAAUAUUUUAUCAUUCUUUCUUUCUUUCUUUCUUUCUUUCUUUCUUUCUUUACCCAUCCUCAAGUUCUUAUAUACUGUUUCUUUGUUGUUUUUUCUUUCCAUGUUUAUCUAUCUAUCUAUCUAUCUAUCUAUCUAUCUAUCUAUAUCUAUCUAUCUAUCUAUUUGCUUAUCCGUUCCUUUCAAUGCAUCGCCAAGAAAUAGUGAACUUUCUGCCGGGAAAGCGCCUCUUUUGCCUGUUUCCUCUAAAUUUUCUUUUCCUGUAUUGCUUUUUCUUGUACUUUUCUGUGCUUCCCAUGAACCUUCUCUCACUGUAAUAAUCUUCCCCUCUCUCUCUCUCUCUCUCUCUCUCUCUCUUUCACUGUCUCUUUGCUUUUUCGAAUUCGUCUCUCCUUGUAUUCCCCACUUCCAUUACUUCAGUCUGCUUUUUGAAAUUUUUUCUCCCUGUAUUCCUCACUCUCUCUUUGAUCUAUUGUCUCUAAAUAUUCUCUUCCUGUAUUUCUCACCCUCCCUUUUUUCUACUUCCUCUAAAUCUUCUCUCGCUGUAUUUCUCACCCUCCUUCUUUUUUUCUGCUUCCUCUAA